AGACACGCGCACAUGCAUCCGCUCCCCUUCUGUUCUGCAGCGGCCGGGCGGGAGGGGGGGAAGGCAGGAGCUGGCGGUCUGCUCGGAGGACACGAAGGAGCGGCUCCCCAGGGCUUGAAAAGAGGCUGCCUCUCCCUCCCGCCCUUCUGAAUGGAAGCGCGGCUUAGCAAAGAGCACCCCUUGGAUUCCGCCUGCCCGGGAAGCGCUGUCGAGAGGAGGAGACAGGCGGGCAGGCUCGGCGUGCCAGCCAUGAGCUCUUGGCUCAGGGGAUUGCAAUGCUGCUCGUGCUGCUGAGAAGGGAAGAAGUUGCUUAGCAUCCCUCCUCGCCCCUGCCUGGCUGCUGUAAAGCCGACGACGAGAUGCUGCAAGGCAGGGCGCUCGCCUCCUCGGCUCCUCUGCAAGCGGCGGGCUCUCGGGAGCGCCAGCAGCAGCAGCCUGGGCAUCUGUGAGGAGAGCGGCGGGGAAAGAGCGGGAAGGGAUUCUGGAUCCCUCUUUGGACUCCUCGACGCGGUGCGGCCGCCGCCGCCGGUGGCUGGCGUGGUGGGGGAGAAACACAAAAGGCAACCUUUGCCCGCCCCGCCUGGGCUGAGCGUAGCAGCAGCUUCUGCUUGGUGGAUGUGUAUGAAUGAGUUCUGCACCGAAUGGGCGCAAAAAGCGCCCCAGGUCCACGGGCUCGAUCUUCCAGAUCAGCAAAACGCCGCUGCACGGCAGGGACGGUGAGCGCCGAGGCAGCACCUCGGAGGGCGCCUACAAGACCCAGAGAGCCCUGGAUGACUGCAAGAUGCUUGUCCAGGAUUUCAAUACCCAGGUGGCUCUGUACCGUGAAUUGGUCAUUUCCAUUGGGGACGUAUCAGUCACUUGUCCAUCUCUACGUGCUGAAAUGCACAGGACUCGAACCAAAGGAUGCGAGAUUGCCUGUCAAGCACACCAAAAACUAGCAGCAAUUUCUGGGUACUAAUUGCACCUGCAAAAAGGAGGCUAAAAUCCAUUCUUUUGAAAACUUAUCCGAGCCCAGAAGAUGGUGAGAUUCAUCCUGAAAUCUGUAGACUAUAUAUCCAGUUGCAAUGCUGCUUAGAAAUGUAUACAACAGAGAUGCUAAAAUCCAUAUGCCUACUAGGAUCGCUUCAGCUUCAUCGAAAAGGGAUGGAAACUUGUGCAGCUCCAAAGACUGGAGACAGUAAAGUAGAGGAGAGUUCAGAAGCUCCUAUUUUAGAAGACACAUCAUCUUCACCCACAGACAUUCAGCAACAUCUAUGGCAGGUUUCCACAGAUAUUGAAAACACAGAAAGAGAUAUGAGAGAAAUGAAAAACCUUUUAAGCAAACUCAGGGAAACUAUGCCUUUGCCAUUGAAAAACCAAGAUGAUAGCAGCCUCCUAAACUUGACUUCUUAUCCGAUAGUGCGAAGACGGAAGCGAAGAUUCUUUGGACUCUGCUGUCUUGUCUCAAGCUAGAAAACCCAAUGCAGAAGUGCGCAGAUAACCAUAGCCAAUACAAUUGACCUUCAGCUGGAUAAACCUAAUUCUCUAAUUUAAAUGUAUGUUUUCUACACUGCCCUAAUUCUGUCUCUUCCUCUCCUUUUCAAGAGUUUUGCAGAUCAGUGCUGACCAGGACUAAACCGGGAAACCAAUUUAACAUUAUUAGAAUAUUUUUUAAUGUUUUUUUAAUGGCAUGUCUGUUUAAAAUCAUUCUGUGAUUAGAGGCAAAUAUUACCAUUAUUAAAUAAAACAUGCAGAAAUUUUUAUUUAGUGUACAAAACCACAACAGCCGAUUGUGUACAGUACAGUAGUAUGACUGUAGCUCUUGCUAGUAUGAUGUUAAAAUAUUUGAACAUACUCUAUUAAGCAAUCUUAAUCCAUAGGAAAGUAUUUAGAACAGCAAAACUGUGUUUAAGUUCUAAAGCGCUAAAAUAAACAGAGCCAAUAUCUUGAGAACAUGCACAAACUCUCCUAUUGCUUUUUGUGCUCUCAUUCAUAUUUAGUCUUCCACUCUAUAUCUCAACUUAUCCAAGAUCUUCAUAGUACAAUAUCUUAAUUUCUAAUACACAAGCAACAUAACAUUAAUAUGUUGAUCCUGUAAAUAUGAGAGUUAUAACUACAUAUUGUACGAUGCAUAGAAUAGCUAAUUUACUUUAAAAAAAACAAAUGUUAUCUAUUUAACUUUGGGAAGAAAGGACUAACUGUUUAAAAGACGGUGUAGGAAACUAUACAAUCCACAGAUGUAAAGCAGAUUAUCCCAUUUUGUUGCCAUUAAAGGUUGAAGCAUGGUGUCUGCACAUCAAAUUAGUGUUACUGCUUAUAGGGCAUGCCAGGAGUAGCUCUGAUUGUAAAAUAUUAAACAUUUUACAUUGUUAAUAAAUAUUUUUUAGUUAAACUAAAA